GAGGAAAGGGGGUUUGGUUUGGGUUUGUUUUGUUUGCGCCGCUCCGCUCCUCGUCCGCUCGCUUUCUUCGUCUGGCCGUGCGUUCUGAGGACUUUUUCAUUUUCGGGGCUAUUUUUUUUCUCUUUUUUUUCGUCAUUUUUUGGUGGUUGGCUCUCCCUCCUUGCCCCUCCGGGAAGUGCUCCACCAGCCGCCUCUCGCCCCGCCAUCCCUCCCCAUGCGCCUGGGGCCGCAGGAAGCUCCGCGGCGCGCACCCGGGAGCUGAGCUGCGGAGCGGCGCGUCCCCUCCUCGAGCAGGAUGUACACGGCCGGGCUGGCUCCUUUCUACGCCUCCAACUUCAGCUUGUGGUCAGCGGCGUACUGCUCUGCAUCGGGGCCGGCGGCCGGCGGCUGCUUUCCGCUGGACGCCGCGGCGGCGAAGAAGCCGUCCUUCUGCAUCGCCGACAUCCUCCACGCCGGCGGCGAGGCGGCGGCAGGAGCCGCCGACAGCCUGCCCGGAGGGCCCGGCACCGGGAUGCCGGCCGCGCUGGGAGCCGUGCACCACGGCGGUCCCUUCCACGCCACGGCCUCUCCGCUCCGGCCCACGCCCGUCGUGGCCCCCGACGCCCCCGCCGCCGCCUUCCCGCCGCGCCUCUCGCCGCUCUCCGCCGCCUACCACCCGCACCACCACCGUGCCCCGCAGCACCGGUCCCCCGCGGCGGCGGCGGCGGGCGGCGGAGGCGCCCCGGCCCCCGCCCGGCUGCCCGGCGGCCACACGCACGGCUCGGCGCCGGCGCCCGCCAGCAAGGACCUGAAAUUCGGCAUCGAUCGCAUUUUAUCUGCGGAGUUUGACCCCAAAGUCAAGGAAGGCAACACGCUGAGAGAUCUGACCUCCUUAUUAACUACGAGCCGCCAAACUGGGGUUCAUCUCCCCAACUUGCAGCCUUCCACCGGCCAGUUCUUCGCGUCUCUAGACCCCAUUAACGAGGCCUCUGCUAUCCUGGGUCCCUUAAACACAAACCCAAGGAGCUCAGUGCAGCACCAGUUUCAAGACACUUUUCCAGGUCCGUACGCAGUUCUAACCAAGGACACGCUGCCCCAGACGUACAAGAGGAAACGCUCCUGGUCCAGGGCUGUUUUUUCCAACCUGCAGAGGAAAGGUUUAGAAAAACGGUUCGAAAUCCAGAAGUAUGUCACCAAACCGGACAGGAAGCAACUGGCGGCGAUGCUGGGGCUGACAGAUGCUCAAGUGAAGGUGUGGUUCCAGAACCGGCGGAUGAAGUGGCGGCAUUCCAAGGAAGCUCAGGCCCAGAAGGACAAGGAGCCGCCGCCGGAGCCGGAGCCGGCGGCCCAGCGAGCCGGCGCACCGCCCGCCGCCCCCGGGGAGCCCCAGCACAGCCCCAGCGGCUCCGACGGCGACAGCGACAGCAGCGACGCCGAGUCCCUCGACAUGGCCCCCAGCGACACGGAACGGACUGAGGGCGCCGAGCGGAGCCUGCCCGCUGCCGGGCUGGACAAGUCCUCCGGCAGCACCGGGCUGCCCUCGCCGCCGCCGCCCGCCGCCGCCAGCCCCGAGCCGCGGGGCGGCCUAUAG